AUGGUAAACAAGCAGCUGAAUCCUGCCCACACAGCCCAGACCCCAUUGAAGCUGCAGCAGUUAGGCCCACAGGUGAUUGAGGGGCCUAAGCAGCGUGGUGGGCCCUGCAACGGUCCUGUCCAUAUCCCCUACUCCCCCAGUCCCGUCUCCUUCCCCUACUGCCCCAGUCCCGUCUCCUUCCCCUACUGCCCCAGUCCCAUCUCAGUCCUCUACUGCCCCAGUCCCAUCUCAGUCCUCUACUGCCCCAGUCCCAUCUCAGUCCUCUACUGCCCCAGUCCCAUCUCCUUCCCCUACUGCACCAGUCCCAUCUCAGUCCCCUACUGCCCCAGUCCCAUCUCCUUCCCCUACUGCCCCAGUCCCGUCUCCUUCCCCUACUGCCCCAGUCCCAUCUCAGUCCUCUACUGCCCCAGUCCCGUCUCCUUCCCCUACUGCCCCAGUCCCGUCUCCUUCUCCUACUGCCCCAGUCCCAUCUCAGUCCUCUACUGCCCCAGUCCCAUCUCAGUCCUCUACUCCCCCAGUCCCAUCUCAGUCCUCUACUCCCCCAGUCCCGUCUCCUUCCCCUACUGCCCCAGUCCCAUCUCAGUCCUCUACUGCCCCAGUCCCAUCUCAGUCCUCUACUCCCCCAGUCCCGUCUCCUUCCCCUACUGCCCCAGUCCCAUCUCAGUCCUCUACUGCCCCAGUCCCAUCUCAGUCCUCUACUGCCCCAGUCCCAUCUCAGUCCUCUACUGUCCCAGUCCCAUCUCCUUCCCCUACUGCCCCAGUCCCGUCUCCUUCCCCUACUGCCCCAGUCCCAUCUCAGUCCCCUACUGCCCCAGUCCCGUCUCCUUCCCCUACUGCCCCAGUCCCAUCUCAGUCCUCUACUCCCCCAGUCCCGUCUCCUUCCCCUACUGCCCCAGUCCCAUCUCAGUCCCCUACUGCCCCAGUCCCAUCUCCUUCCCCUACUGCCCCAGUCCCGUCUCCUUCCCCUACUGCCCCAGUCCCGUCUCCUUCCCCUACUGCCGCAGUCCCAUCUCAGUCCUCUACUGCCCCAGUCCCAUCUCCUUCCCCUACUGCCCCAGUCCCAUCUCAGUCCUCUACUGCCCCAGUCCCAUCUCCUUCCCCUACUGCCCCAGUCCCAUCUCCUUCCCCUACUGCCCCAGUCCCAUCUCAGUCCUCUACUGCCCCAGUCCCAUCUCCUUCCCCUACUGCCCCAGUCCCAUCUCCUUCCCCUACUGCCCCAGUCCCAUCUCAGUCCUCUACUGCCCUAGUCCCAUCUCCUUCCCUUACUGCCCCAGUCCCCUCUCCUUCCCCCUACUCCCCCAGUCCCCUACUCCCCCUAGUCCCCUCUCCCUGUCCAUUACACCCCCAGUCCCGUCUCCUUUCCAUACUCUCCUAUUCCCCUCUCCUUCCCCCUACUCCCCCAGUCCUCUAUAUGUCCCCCCUAGUCCCCUACUGCCCCAGUCCCCUACUCCCCCUAGUCCCCUCUCCUUGUCCCUUACACCCCCAGUCCCGUCUCCUUCCCGUACUCCCCUAGUCCCCUCUCCGUCCCCUACUGCCCCAGUCCCCUCUCUGUCCCCUACUGCCCCAGUCCCCUACACCCCUAGUCCCCUCUCCUUCCCCCCUAGUCCCCUACACCCCCAGUCCCGUCUCCUUCCCGUACACCCCCAGUCCCCUCUCCGUCCCCUACUGCCCCAGUCCCCUACACCCCCAGUCCCCUCUCCUUCCCCCCUAGUCCCUUACACCCCCAGUCCCGUCUCCUUCCCGUACACCCCCAGUCCCCUCUCCGUCCCCUACUGCCCCAGUCCCCUCUCAGUCCCCUACUGCCCCAGUCCCCUCUCCUACACCCCCAGUCCCCUCUCCUUCCCCUACACCCCUAGUCCCCUCUCCUAG